UACAAACUUCAUUCACAAGACUCACAACGACUCACUGAAAACAGUUACUUUUACGCACGUUUGUUUACGUAGACAAACAAUGCAAAGCAAUGCUGUGCUGGUUGCAGCAUUGCGGCACAAAAUUCAACAAUCGUUUCAGCUAGCCAAACAAUACGACUGGCUAAUUGAUUCUUACGUUCUGGAUUUCUACGUGGACAAUCACUGGGACCGUCUGCCGGCAAGCUGGAACUCCUGCUUCGAACAGCUCGAAAUCAGCCAGCUCAAAAGCCUUCUAACAGUAGAGCCCAAGUCCACAGAAUGCCACGUAUGGCCACUAUCGAUUCUGGCCAGUCGCGUCCUGCUUGGAAAUCUCUGUCUCAGCCGGAAGCUUCAACCAAACGACGAACCGGAACGUGAACCGAAGGAGCAAAGUCGGUUCCGGGAGCGGCAAAAACUGUUCAACAAAUCGGUAAAGCUUAAAAAGCGCCACGAAAUUGAGCAGUUUAGCCGGCAGUGCUGGGAAAGUGGCCGCCAAACUGGGGUUGAACAUCUGGUUGACAUCGGUUCCGGCCAGGGCAAUCUGGCAAGGACGUUGGCGUACGGAUUCGACUUUAAUGUGUGCUGUAUCGAGCAGAACGAGGGCUUGGUUGCGACGGCUAGGCAAAAGGACGAAGAACUUUCCUCCAGACUGAAAAGGCAGUGCAAGGCAGCUAUCUUGAAACAUCCCGUUCACCUGAGUAAAAAGGUCAACCUAGAAGAUGUCGAUCCCGGGCAGUUUGCGCAAAUGAUACGCGACACUUUCAACGUAGAGAAGAACAGCCCAUUUCAAUUUGGUCUGGUCGGACUGCAUCCUUGCGGUGACUUGGCCACCUCCCUGAUUAAGCUAUUCCUCGCCUGUCCCGAGGCCAAAUUCAUCAAGCUGGUCUGCUGCUGCUACAUGAAGCUGUCCACCGAACGGGAUCGCUGCCAAGAUUACGGAUUCCCUCUGAGCUCGUUCAGCAAACAAAUCGGACUCAACCUGAGCUACGAGGCUCGUGAAAUCGCGUGUCACGCCAUCGAACAGUACGACGCCAAGUUGGAGCACAACUUCGAAGAGUUGAAAGUGCACGCGUUCCGAGCGGCCCUAGAAAAGGUCCUCAUCCAGAUAGACCCCGCGCUGAAGCAUUCCGGAAUCAAAAGCACCAAAGUGACCAACUUAACCUUCCAGCAGUACUGCGAAAGGGCCACAAGUGGAAUGGGCAUCACUUUGCCCCGGGAACUGAUGGAAAGCGAAGACACGCGGACGAAUUUGGCCAACUGGCGGCGCGUGGUCAAGUUCUACACGUUGAGGCUGAUGUUUGCACCGCUGGUGGAGUCCGUCAUUCUGUACGAUCGGUGGUUGUUCCUGUUGGAGCAGGGUGUGGACAGUGAUAUUCGGGUGGUUUUUGAUCCCAUUUGUUCGCCGAGGAAUCACGCGAUUACGGGACGGAAAUAAGAGGUUAAUUGUUGACGAAUGUCGUUGAAUUUUGUUAUAAAAAACACUUGCUUAAUAAAAUCUUUAAAAAAUUGA